AUGACAGACAUAAACACGGUGGAUGACUACGCAGGAAAACUUUCAGGCUUAGCAUCGAGAGCAGUCGCGUUAGGAGAGAUAAUGGAAGAAUCGAAGAUGGCUUUCAAAGAACGAAUAAAAGAAGAAACCCAAGAUGAAGAUCAAUCGAAGCUAAUGUUUGUGAAGAAUGAUGCACAAGGUCGUGGAGGCCAAAACAACUCGCGAGGAAGAGGUAGAGGUUAUGGUGGAAGAGGAAGAGGAAGAGGACGAGGAAGGUCCAAUGGUUCUGAUGGUCAUAACAAAGGAGGAGAAGCUUCAGACAAGACAAGAAGGACUACUUUAAGUAUAUGGUAUCUUGACAAUGGUGCUAAUAACCAUAUGACAGGAAAGAGAGAGUUCUUCUCAAACCUAGAUGAGAGUAUCAAAGGCAAAGUCGUAUUCGGUGAUGGAUCAAACGUCGAGGUUGUUGGGAAAGGUUCGAUCACGUUCAACGGAAAAACAGGGGAGAGAAGAUCACUCAAAGACAUCUACUACAUUCCUAGUCUAAAACACAACAUCAUAAGUCUUGGACAAGCAACCAAGAACGGUUGUGAGGUUAAAAUGAAAGGAGACUUGCUAAUUCUAAGUGACCCCUGUGGAAGGCUAUUAGUACAAUUUUCAAGAUCUCCAAACCGAUUGUACAAGACGCCAAUGGAGAUUGAAUAUCCAGAGUGUCUUCAAAUACAAUAA